ACAAUAGAGGGGAAGAAGGGGGUCAAAAAUAAAAUUCUAGAGAUGAAUUGAGAGGAAGUACAGAAGCAUCUUCCAGCUAGAGGCAGUGAGAAAGAGAGAGUGAUAGGGAUUCUUAGCUCUCUCAGAUCUGAAGUUUUUGUAAUUGAAUCGAAAUCCAAAGAAAAAGCCAUUCUCUGUUUUGACUUUUGCUAUCGGUAUCCAAAGACUACAAAAUGGAUGCAUUGAGGAAACAGGCCAGCAAGUUGAGGGAACAAGUAGCCAAGCAACAACAAGCUGUCAUAAAGCAGUUCAGUGGCACAGGUUAUGAAAGCUCAGAUGUAAUGGUAAUUGAUGAAGUCGAGAUGCACAGGCAUCAGCAGCUAGAGAAGCUGUACAGGUCGACACGUUCAGGGAAGGAUUUUCAGAAGGAUGUUGUUAAAGCAGCGGAAGCCUUCACCGCCAUAGGGUACCGACAUAUUGAGUUAGGAACCAAGUUGUCAGAGGAUUGCUGCAGAUAUGGAACUGAGAAUAUCAAUGAGAACAUGUUAGCUAAGGCUGCAGCUAUAUAUGGUGAUGCUCGUAAACAUGUGGAACAGGAGCAGGAUGACUUGAAUCGCCUGUUAUCUUCACAGGUUUUGGAACCCUUGAGAGCAAUGAUUAAUGGCGGUCCUUUAGAAGAUGCCCGCCAUCUUGCUCAACGAUAUAGCCGGAUGAGACAGGAAGCAGAGACCCAGGCAGUUGAGGUUUCCAGAAGACAAGCACGAGUACGGGAAUCUCCAAUUCCUGAAAAUGUUUCAAAGCUGCAUGCAGCAGAAGCCAAGAUGCAAGAAAUAAAGGCUAACAUGGCAGUUCUUGGUAAAGAAGCUGCAGCUGCAUUAGCUGCUGUUGAAGCACAACAGCACAGAUUGACUUUCCAACGGCUUGUUGCCAUGCAUACAUUAUUGAAGGUUGAAGGAGAAAAAAAUUAUCAUCUUAGAAUUGCUGCUAUUCUUAGUGAGGUCGAAGCUGAGAUGGUCUCGGAGAAACAGCAAAAAGAGUCUGCUCCUCCAGUGAUUCUGCCUCCUGUUAUUCCAUCAGAAAAUGGCUUGGAGAAAAGCACAUACUUUUUGGCUGAAGCAACACAUCCUUUUUUCGCAGAGACAGAGAAGGAGCUGAGCUUGGCUGUGGGUGACUACAUUGUUGUGAGAAAGGUAAGUCCAACUGGGUGGUCAGAAGGAGAAUGUAGAGGUAAAGCUGGGUGGUUCCCAUCAGCAUACGUGGAGAAGCGCCAGAGGAUUCCCACCAGUUCGUCUGCUUAAGUUUUCUAAGGCUUACCGUUUUAGUGUUUGUUCAACUUGUUCCUCCAAAUUCUAGAAUUGCUGCUAGGCGUCAAUGAGUGAAUGCCAAAGGGGGAAAGAAGAAGAAAGAAAAAGUUGGUGCUCCUUUUCUUUCUUUCUUUCUGAUUUUUUCAAUUCCUGUGUGUUAUCAUGGCAACGCACUUUGAUUGUAUAUUCUUUCAUUGAAUCUUGAAAAAACGAAGGUAUUUGAUGAA